CCUGGGAGGUGGAGGUUGUAGCGAGUAGAGAUCGUGCCACUGCACUCCAGCCUGAGUGACAAAGCUACACUCUGUCUCAGAAAAAAAAAAAAAAAGGAAAGAUUGCGGCUUUGGAGAAUAGAAUCGUCUUUCAGUGGGUUUGGAUAGCUUUAGGUGACUGUUAGGUGGAAGGCAUCAGGAUGAGCACUGUCAGUGGAGGGGUCUGAGCACCAUCCUGGCACUGUAUUCAGCCACUUACAUCUUUGCACACAACAUGCUGUGAUUUGCUCUGAGCUGCAGCGCUGGGCAGAGAGAAGUGUUGCCCCAUGUGUUUAUAGGAGCAAUUUGAUGUAAGAGAAGAGCCUCCCCAGCCAACUUAUUGUCCAUGUAUUCAGAAAGUUGUAAACUUACCCAGUAUUAUAUCCCCAAGAAGCAGGAACUAAAAAAUGACAGCCCUAAGGAAGGGUGGAGAGACCUCUUCUCAGGUGGUAGACCUAUGUAGCACCCAUGAAGUAGGUUUGGUAAGCCACUGAGUUUUUGAGGUGAAAGCAAAACUUCCUCCUGCGAGCCAAACAUAGGAGUAUCAUGGCAGUUCUAUUAUGAAUAUCUAUGUGUGGCCCUGAAAUGGGCCUAAAUGUGACUUGUGGAGUUAAUCAUUAGCCCAGCGGUUGUCUGAACAACUUGAUUCCCCUGGGCUGCGAGCAGUUCACCUGCAGAGGAGGCUCCAGAAAGCAGCAUGUCCCCCUUGCUCUUUGGGGCUGGGCUGGUCGUUCUGAAUCUAGUGACGUCUGCCAGGAGCCAGAAGACAGAACCUCUAAGUGGCUCUGGGGACCAGCCACUCUUCCGUGGAGCUGAUCGACAUGACUUUGCCAUCAUGAUCCCUCCAGGAGGCACGGAAUGCUUUUGGCAAUUUGCCCACCAGACUGGAUACUUCUAUUUCAGUUACGAGGUUCAGCGGACGGUGGGGAUGUCACAUGACCGGCAUGUUGCUGCCACGGCACAUAACCCACGGGGAUUUCUCAUAGACACCUCCAAGGAUGUUCGGGGUCAGAUUAACUUCUCUACCCAAGAGACAGGUUUUUAUCAGCUUUGUCUAAAUAAUCAGCAUAAUCACUUCGGUUCUGUGCAAGUGUACCUCAACUUUGGAGUCUUCUAUGAGGGGCCUGAGACUGAUCACAAACAGAAGGAAAGAAAACAACUGAACGAUACUCUGGAUGCAAUAGAGGACAGCACACAAAAGGUGCAGAACAAUAUCUUUCACAUGUGGCGAUACUACAACUUUGCCCGGAUGAGGAAAAUGGCUGACUUUUUCCUUACCCAUUCAAACUAUAACUACGUGAACUGGUGGUCGACAGCCCAGAGCCUCGUUAUUAUUCUUUCUGGAAUCCUGCAACUGUAUUUCUUGAAGCGUCUCUUCAAUGUUCCAACAACUACAGACACAAAGAAGCCAAGAUGCUAAGCUAAGGUGACUAUAGCACCCUGGCUCUUUUCUUCUGGGGCUUAGUCGAAAUCAGCUUUGUAAUGUUAUGGGACAAAAAUCGAUUUAUUUCAUUAAUGUUUUAGUCUACUGUACACAUCUAAAAAGGCAAAAUGGCAAUAAAAUAACAACAAUGAAAAAGU